AAAAGGGUCUUAUUCAAGAUGCGAUUUCCGGCACAUGCCCUCUACGCUCUUUAAAUCGCGAUUUCCAGUCCCGUCUUGUUUCUGCUUUGCAAACACGUCUUUACUGAUCAUUACACCAUCACCCCUUCAUUCAAUCUUGAUUAGAUCUAAUGAAUAUAGUAUCUAUGAGCGAUUCGGGAGUCAGUGGGGAAACCUCCGAUGUCUCCAUGGGUCAUGAAAACGGAGAAGAUACACUGGCCGACAAGUAUCAAGAAGAGGCAACCUCCCUCCAGCGCCUCGCGCUGAUGACGAUUGCUGUGGAGGUGCCGGCUAUUUCCAGCCCUAACGAAUAUGAAUUCCUUCCAGGGCAUUUCAAUGUUCGCUACAUCAAGGAGGAGGUCUCCUCAGAAGUCAACUCCGAACCCUCAUACACGGUCAAGCUGGAUAGUGGCGAAAUUGAAACCAUAUCUUCCUCCCGCCUCCAAACCCUCGAGAAUGGACCGGAAGCCCUUUCAUCCUUCCGAAAUUCGCAGAUCAAAUACCAAUCAUCUACCAGUGAAGAGGAGUCUCAAGAAUCAGAGGAGGACAGAUCCAGCUUGUCCAUAUCAGAUUUCGCCGGCAGGAGGCGCUUGCGCCGGACAAGGAACACCAAAUUCACAGAGUUUUUUGGUGUCAUCAGCAGCGAUGAUGAGGGAUCCAGAGAAUCAUCGUCAUCAGAAGAUGAUAUAGUCGUCGCCAGGCCCACUCGAAUGAAACUUCGUCUUAGGAAACGUCGAAAGGAUGUCUAUGCCAUGGAGAGUGAUUUCGACCAAAGUGCUCGUGAAGGGACAAGAUUUUCAACACGGCGGCGUAAUGUCCAGCGAUACAGCUUACGUGAGCGAACCGAGGACGAUAUUUCCGAGUAUGAAACAGCUCUCCCAAAGCAUCAAAAGUACUACGGCGCAAAGGAGACCUUCGAACGACUUCCAUCAGAUGACCCCUUUCGCCUGCGACACCAAGAGACUUGCGACGUGUGCUCCACCAGUGGGGACCAUCGAGAGAAAGGCCCCCUUGUCUUCUGUCAGGGAUGUACAGUUGCAUACCAUAAAGGUUGUCUAGGCCCACGAACUACUCGAGAACAUCUCGUCACCAAGGUCACACGUGACAAAUUCCUCCUUCAAUGCCGUCGUUGUUUAGGCGUUGCGCAAACCAAGGAUCCCAUCUACCCUCAUCAAGGGUACUGCGCCACAUGCAACAAGAAAGGAAAUAUGUCAGAGCCACUUAGAGAGCGCCUGACUUCAAAGCAAGAACAACAACUCCGACAGGAAAAUGGAGGUGAAGAUCCCAUCACUCCGGUGGACGUGGACCGUAUCAAUAAUCUAGAUAAUGUCCUCUUCCGCUGUAAGGCUUGCCAUAGAGCUUUUCAUUAUGAACAUCUUCCAAGCCCCGAUGACUCUUCGGGGGAAUGUCAGGAUUGUCUUUCCUUACCUGGAGAAGUGGGUUCCAUAGUCUCUUGGCGGCCAGUGAAUAGCGCCUCUGAAAAAGCGUCGGAGAUUCUCGAGACAGAGAAAGAAUAUCUCAUAAAAUGGAAGGACAAGUCGUAUGCCCAUUGUACGUGGAUGCCCGGCAGCUGGGCGUGGGGUUUUAUCAACCCUCAUAUGCGGCGGGCAUUCUUGAGAUCGGAAAAAAGCCUGACUCCUCGCAUGACCUCAGAGGAAGCAAUUCCGGAGGAUUUCUUACGUGUGGAUAUUGUUUUUGAUGUCAAAUAUUCCAGCGAUCAGGACGAUCUCCAUGUCCCCGGCCAAGAUUACGAGGCAGACCUCCAGCGGGUGGAUGAUAUAUCCCAAGCAUAUGUUAAAUUCAAGGGCCUGCCGUAUGAGGAGGCAGUUUGGGAAUCUCCCCCAACUCGCAGCAAUACUGAAAGCUGGAACGAUUUCAUGUCCGCCUACGAAGAUUGGGUCAAAAAGGCCUAUGUCAGCAUUCCAAACCAAACUUGUCUCCAGAAACACCUCACUCAUGUCAGGAAGCAAAAGUUCAAGUCUCUAGAUUCCCAGCCAGACACAAUGACAGGAGGUGAAAUUAUGGAUUAUCAACAAGACGGCCUGAAUUGGCUUUACUAUAAAUGGUUCAAAAAUCAAAAUGCUAUUCUAGCCGACGAGAUGGGCCUCGGGAAAACAAUCCAAGUCAUCGCGUUACUUGCCACUCUAAUCCAAUAUCAUAAAUGUUGGCCGUUCCUUAUUGUCGUUCCUAAUUCAACAUGUCCGAACUGGCGGAAAGAAAUCAAGACAUGGGUCCCUUCAAUUCGAGCGGUCACCUACUACGGAUCGUCCUUUGCCCGAAACCUCGCACAGGACUACGAGAUGUUCGGCCGGCGCGACUCAACCCUUAGAUGUCAUGUUGUCAUAGCGUCUUAUGAAACGAUGGUCGACGAUGCCUCACGCAGAGUCCUAUCGAAAAUACCUUGGGGCGGGCUUAUUGUAGAUGAAGGACAACGUCUAAAAAGCGACAAGAGUCAGCUUUAUGAAGCCUUAUCCCGGAUCAAGUUUCCAUUUAAAGUCUUGAUGACCGGCACACCCCUUCAAAAUAAUACUAAGGAAUUAUUCAAUCUUCUUCAGUUCUGUGAUCCGACCAAGAAUUCAGAAGAGCUUGAGGAAAAAUAUGGAACUUUAUCAAAUGACAAUAUUUCCGAGCUCCACGAUCUCAUCCGGCCUUUCUUCCUUCGCCGGACUAAGGCUCAGGUCCUCACUUUUCUUCCUCCAGUCGCCCAGAUUAUCAUCCCGGUCACGAUGUCCGUUCUUCAGAAGAAACUCUACAAGUCCAUUCUUGCGAAGAACUCGCAACUUAUCCAGGCUAUUUUCCAAAGGAGUGGAAAUGAGCAGCCUUUAAAGCACACAGAGCGCCACAGUCUGAACAACAUCUUGGUACAACUUCGGAAAUGUCUCUGUCAUCCAUUUAUCUACAGCAAGGCGAUCGAAGAGCGAAGUGCCAACUCAACUAUAGCUCACAGAAACCUAGUGGAUGCCGCUGGAAAGCUCCAGUUAUUGGAGAUUAUGCUGCCCAAGCUCCACAAACGUGGUAACAGAGUACUCAUCUUUAGUCAAUUCCUCGAGAACCUCGACAUUAUGGAGGAUUUUCUUGACGGACUAGGCCUUAUGCACCGACGCCUGGACGGAAGAAUGACUUCGCUAGAAAAGCAAAAGAUGAUAGACGAUUACAAUGCGGAAGCCUCUCCAUAUUUUGCCUUUCUUCUCUCUACCAGAUCAGGAGGAGUCGGUAUCAAUCUAGCCACCGCAGAUACCGUCAUCAUCAUGGACCCCGAUUUUAAUCCCCACCAAGAUAUGCAGGCAUUGUCUCGGGCACAUCGUAUUGGACAGAAGAACAAGGUUCUCGUAUUCCAACUGAUGGUUCGUGCGAGCGCUGAAGAAAAGAUCAUGCAGAUUGGAAAGAAGAAAAUGGCCUUGGACCAUGUUCUCAUCGACAGGAUGACCUCAAAGGAGGAGGAUGGACAUGACUUGGACUCUAUUCUUCGCCACGGAGCCCAGGCAUUGUUUAAUGAUGACGACUCUGGAGAUGUGGUCUACACUUCCGAAUCGGUUGAUAAACUCCUUGACCGCAGCCAAGUUGAGCAAGCAAAAACUCCCGAAGAGAACGACACAGGCUCUCAGUUCAGCUUCGCUCGAGUUUGGGUGAACGAAAGGCAAAAUCUAAAUGAUCAACUUCAGGAAACAGAAGAAGAGCAAAUGGUAAAUUCUACCACCUGGGAAAAGAUUCUUCAAGAGAGAGAACAAGCAGCAGCCGAAGAGGCAAGACUGAAAGCAGAAAGCCUUGGUCGAGGAAAACGUAAGCGGGCAAAUGUGGCCUACGCCGCUGAACCCCUUGAAACUUCACCCACCAAACCCCGUAGCCGGGGCGGGACCGAGAGCGAUGCCGAUUUCAACGAGGAUGCCCCGUCAUGCUCUGGAUCAGACGAAGAUAACGGUGAGCCCAUGGAACUUGAUCAGCCUGCUAAACGGCAAAACGUUCGUUCGUUCCAUCGUGUCUUGCCAGAUCUCAUUCCUCCACCAGCUCCUGUGGCCAUGGAUGGUCACCUCGAUGAAAAUCAAAACCGAUGUUUAGCCUGUGGCCAUACUCACCCAGUAGGAAAUUGUCAAUUAAAAAUGGCUGGCGUCGAAUACUGUGGGCUUUGCGGGCUUGCGCACUAUGGAAUAGCCCGCACGUGUCCACAUUUGAAAUCAGAGGUUCAGGUGUUAAGGAUGUUAGAGGCCGUAAAACAAAGCAACGAAGACCCCGCACUAAUUGCCAUGGCCAAGAAACAUUUGCAGAAUAUCCGGGGUGAUCUCGCAUCGCGAAAAAGGCGUCAAUCCGGUCAGGCUACAGCUAGUUUUGCGGGUCAAAGCACGGCCAGAGUAUCCCCUUCUCCUCCUGUUGCUGCUACCACAGCUCCUCUUCCCCCUAGUAGCAGUGCAGCCCCAACCAUUGGAGUACCAGUCAUUGAUCUUACGCGGAAUUAUCCUCCCAUAGGUGACGGUCAAUCAACGCCAAUGGACAACCCUGCACAUUUGCCGCAAUUUGAAAGGAGCCCUCAGCCGCCUUCCUCGGGGCGUCAUUUUAGCUAAACCUCUGACGGUAGACAAUUGGAGGACUGUUGGUAUCAUAAGUAGGUGUCAAUUGUCAAGAAGGUCUUUUAUCACUGAGCAUUUAUUGGCGGUUUUGGCGCGGGUUUCUUCAAUUCCCAUCGCAGGCGUUUUUACUUCAGAUAAAGUUUUCUUUAUUGUACAUAAACCCUAGAGUUUUUUACAAGUUGAUAGGCCCAGGGGGCAUAUUUAAUGUACUGAAGAUAAUU